GACCAAGUAUUAACCAUGAUAAGUAAACAAUAAUGGAGCUUUUAAUUUGGAUUCUCACAGAUGGUGCCAAAUGUAAUUGCAAUGAACUAGUAGAUCUUCUUCAGUCCAAGUCCUCUCUUCAGGUUAACCUACAAAGCCCCAAGACCUAUCUUUACACCUUCCAUACCCAAAACCUCUUGGAUUUCCUCUUCCCCUUCCACGCGACCCUUGGCUUCUCUCUUCCUUUGGUUUCAUCUUUCUUUCUUCAUGCAAAUCCUCAACCUUGCCCUUCUCUUCCCGUUGAAGAGCAACCGGUAGCCAUCUCUCAAAAGGCUGCCGGCAAUCAUCUUUGUUCUUCUCCUUCCUUGGUUCCAAACCUUCUAAUCUCAUCAUUUUUGACUCUUUUCCAUGUCAAACCCACCUUCUUGAACCAAUUCCCACAAGCCAGCAUCAUUUACAUCGGUGAGUGAACACCAAAAGUGGAAAGGAUAGAGCUAGAUCUAUAGAUCGGCAAUGGAGGUGAUGCUCACGUGAAGCUUUGGCAAUUCGACAAAGUUUCAAACUCCCUUUCAACUAGAACAGAUCUGCAGAUCUAUGCUACCACAAAUUACAAGUGGGUGAUAAAGGGUUGGAAUCAACGCAGAUUGAGGCCCAAUUGCAUUUCACAAGUCCAAAUAAAGAGAGAGCAGAUUUGAGAGGCCCAAAAGCAAGGCCUGGAGAAGUGAGUUUUGGGAUUUAGGGUUUUGGUUUCAAGGGAUAUAAAUAGGGAUUUUAGGAGUAGAAAAAAGGGGGGGGGGGAGAUUUCUAUUUUGGGGAGAUUUCUAUUUUGGGGAGUGGCGAUUGAAAGGAAAUCAUUGAGCUCUCCGAAAGGGUGACUGGUUGUGCUUUCCAGAGGAGCUCUAUUUGUUGGGUUUAUCUUUGUAGGUAAUUUUCAAAACAGAGGGUUCUUUUAGGGAAAUGAUGGGAGCUUAAUCCUGUGAGUGGGAUUCCUCCCAUCAAAUCCAGAUUCAUUUUUCCUUUAAGAAUCUACCAUGUUUGUUUUUUUGUUGUUGAGGUUUCUUUCUUUAGGUUUUGAUGUCAAAUUUGUGUAAGUUUGUUGGAAAUGAAUGAAAAAUCAAGGAAUGAUUUAGUU